AUGUAUACCAGUGUUAGAAAGCCUCCGCUUUCCACAGCGAAGCUUUCAGAGAAGACGGAUGCUGCAGGCAAGGGUAACCUCAAUGGAGUAGCUGAGUCACCGACAUCGCGUGACGGAGGGAUUGGCAGCAGCAUGCCGUACGUCGCCAGGAAACCCAACUCUGGUGAUGGUCAGGGACGUCCAGGUGAGGUCCAGAGAGCAGGACAAGUAACAUAUCAAACAACUAACGCCCUUUUCACGGGAAGCACAGUUCCAGGAAAAACUAAGGACGUCAGCACCGCCAAAAGUAGUGGUGGAGGUGAUCACCUUAACAAUGGAGACAGGCCUCCCCUUGUCGGCGACAACAAUGAAGUAAGCUCGCCACGAACUAUAAAAAUGAACAGCUCUCCCCCUCGACGCUAUUUUCACCGAGGGGCUAUAAACUGCAACUCAAGCGAAAACGUGGCGGCGGUUCUCGGCGGUUCCACAUUGAUUAGCGGUGAGAGAGUAGGCAGUGGCUCUGGGUAUCCACGCCGUGUUUUUUCAGGUCCACCUUCCACGCGGAUGUUAAAUCAAGGAGGUGAGGAGCCUGCACAGAAACCACAACCACCCGGAAGCAGCAGAUCAAAGUCUGGCAUAAGACAACUACAGUUCGCACUGAACGGCAACAGUAGCCAGCGUUUGCUACCCGUCCCCCCACGCCAACUGUGUCCCUCCAAUCCAGCGCGACGUGGUGGUGGUGCCGCCACAGUGACCCCACGAUGCUCUGACGCACGGCGGCAAAAGCAAGAUUCGACGGAUCCGUUUGACAUGACUCAAGUUCUCAAUGGUGUUGGCACUCAGUUGGGUCUCCCUUCUUACUGCCCGGGCGCCGAAAGCUCUCAAGGAAGCAACCGAUUGAGGGGCUCGAAACCACCAUCACCAUCUUUAUUGCCACUGGCGUCUCUGAGGUCGCAGCAAAUGCCAUCAACGGCGGGUGUACCCGCCCCACGGUCCCUCUCAGAGUCGCAGCAGCUGUCGAUCAAUCCUAGCGGGGUGUUUGGCUGCGCCACUGAUUGCAAGAACGGGCUUGGUUACGACUUCCGUGUAGUGGCGAGCACAGGGAAAUCUUUCAAUUUACCAAUCAAACUUACCGCAGGCGUUGGUUGCGUGCAAGGCCUUCGACCAACAAUGGAGGAUGAACACUUCAUCCGUCUGCAGGCAACUACAGCUGUGGGGCAGCCCGUGUCGCUGUUGGGUAUUCUUGACGGCCACUGUGGCCGCCGUGUCGCGGAGUUGGCCGCAAAGCAUGUACCAGACAACUUCAUUGCCCACCCCGCACUCGGGGAAAAUAACGCACUAGCCUUUGUGGAGUCCAUUAUACAAGCAGACCGGGCGAUUUUUCAUUCAAUAGGAAAAGGUAGCGGAGGUGUGGGACUUUCAGCUGGUUUUGGUGGCUCUGGAGGAUCGACACUUAUUGCCGCGGCAGUUCAUGGACGAAUGCUGUAUGUUGCUUGUCUGGGGGAUGCACGCGCUGUGCUUUAUGAUGGCAAUACGACCAUACCAAUGAGUGAAGACCAUAAACCCCUGAAUAAAAAGGAACACACACGCAUCCUUCAGUGUGGUGGCUUUGUACAGCUUGGUAGGGUUUGUGGUGUUCUUGCGGUGAGCCGCGCAUUAGGCGAUUACGAAUUCAAGUUUAAUGGGAAUCGGUUUAUAUCUAAUCGCGAACUGAUGGUUUCUAAUGUUGCCGAUGUGCGGCAGAUUAACCUGACAGACUCUAGCAAGUUCCUUCUCCUGGCUUGCGACGGCCUGUGGGAUGCGGUGCAGAACGAGGAGGCGACACAGUUCGUUCGUGACUUCCUAAGCUAUACCCCUGACGUAGGUUCAUCGCCGGAGGCCACUAAGCGGGCGAUAAAUAACUGUUGUCAAAAACUUGCUGAGUUUGCUGUCAGCCGCGGGAGUACGGAUAACGUUUCGGUGAUGCUAUUGUUCUUUCACAACGUGGCCGAUGUUGUCGCAAGUUUUGAUCGUGCAAGCGACGCAACAACGUCGAGGGCGACGGUAACAAGCCCCGUUUCUCCACGGUUAUUCAGUGCAAGCAGAGGUGUGAAUGCCGGGUUCACAGGUAUGGAAUCGAGACUAGCCGGAAUCUCUGGGGGUAGUAGUAGCGGUGCAUUCGGCGGCAGUAGUGGAGCUGAGGGUUCUUCUGUCAGGGGAGCUGGUCGUACAAAAGUGGACAGAGGCGCCUCGUGGUUAACCCGGAGUCGCUCUCUGUGGUAA